AUAAGCCCAUUAAGAAGGAGAUAAAAUAUUAUUAUAGAAAAUAAAAAGAAAAUUGAAUAAACAUAAGAACUCACGUGUAAGCCCAUUAAAAGGGAGCAGAAAUUCGAUUUUAAAUAUGUGAAAUAAUGCAAACAACAAUUCAACCGAAACGAAUACAAAUAAUCACAUAUAAACUCAUUAAGAAGGACAAAAAAUUAGGUUUUACACAUGCCAAAUAGUGCAAAGAGGAUGAAGAAAUUGGACAAAUGGAUAGCAAAUUAAAUUGAGGAUUAAUUCAAUAAUGAAUAUCAUGCAGUUGAAUUAUAUGGAAAUAGAAAUAGAAAAAUUCUGAACAAGUUUUUGAAAUAGAGGAUUCAUUUACAGUUCCAAUGCAGGUUAUUAUGUGAUCUUCUGCAAGUACAUGUUUGCCCUUAACUCUAUACUGUACAAAUAUCAAUAGCUAGUGCAUAAAACCUUUGCCUCAGUACGGAUUCUUUUCUUCACAAACUCCAUUCGUCGUGUUUCACUCCAGGGUUAAACUAAUGAAAAGGAUUUGAACAAAAGAUAAUAUAAUUAUUCCACCAAAACAAAAGCAGUAAGAAAAUAAUGUAAAGUUCGAUACUCUGCUGCUAAUUCCAAGAGAGAGGAAGAAAAACUGCAUUAUCUAUGGUCAAAAAGUAUGUGCAAACCUGCAAGCAAAGAAUAGUUUUGUUCUUUUGACCCAAAAUAAUAAUAAUAAUAAUAAUAAUAAUAAAUAAAUAAAUAAAUAAGAAAAAGAAAAAGAAAAAGAGUAACUUUAUUUCGCUGUCAUAUUUGUGUCAUUUAUUAUUGAUAAGGCAUCAGUCCGGCCAAUGGAUCUUAAAAAGAAAUGAUGGAGAAUCUUGCUGUAAUCUCUACUCCAAAUCUGAAAAGAAACCUGUAUAUAUGCUCUUGUUGGAUUUAGCAAAUGUUUGCUUUCAUUUGAGUCUUCUAAACAAGUUGCAGUGACCAUUUCUCGCCCACAAUUAUAAGCUGCAGUGUUCAUCAGCAAUAAUUCUAUUCCAUAGCUAGAGGAUGACAAGAGAAAACGCAGCCAUGCAUACUUAUUUGAUGGCAAAACGGAUGAAAGAUUUUUGGGAUAACUGGGGCAUCGAAAUGCUAAUGACACUGAGCUGUGUCAUGCAUAUGGUGCUCACUCUCUUUGGCAGCAGCAGAAGGAGUAUGACAGCACGUCAAGGUCUAUUGAGAUUCUUAAUCUGGUCUGCCUACCUCCUGUCAACUUAUGUUGCCACUGUUAUUGUAGGUAAGCUCACUCUCAUACAAAUCAAUGGCACCACUGAAGAGAACACUGAUAGUGAAUUGAAGGGCUUUUUAGGAUCAUUGCUUCUUGUGCAACUAGGAAGCCGAGAUGCCAUCACCGCCUACUCAAUCGAAGAUGAUCGAUUGGGAGUGAGGCAAAUUCCCAACGUGAUGGCCCAGAUCUGUUCUGUGUCCUGGAUUCUUUUCAGGUGCUGGAAUUAUACUCUGGUUUCAUAUCUUUAUUUCCCUUUGUUAGUGGCUGGAUCCAUCACGUAUGGAGAGAAUGGAUGGGCUCUGUACAGUUCACUAAGUGGGAGAUCUGGCAUUACCACUUCUGCAUUCAAAAAAGAGAAAAAGGAAAUUGAGCAUAUUUUAAAUCUCAUCGACCCCAGCAACGAAGACGCAAAAACAGUCAACAAGCUCAAUAAGCGAAAUCUGGAAAUGGUCUUAAAGGCCUAUUGCCGCUUUUUUUCCUUCAAGCCUCAUAUCGAGAAGUCGAUGUACAGACCUUUAUACCAAUCUGAUCGUCGACUGUCGAUAAAUAAACGUGAUAAUGACAUGUUCUUCCCAAUCACAGAGAUCGAACUUGGUUUCAUGUAUGACGUGCUUUACACAAAGGCUCCAAUCGUUUAUACGCGGACCGGUUUUGCUCUCCGCCUCAUCACUUCUCUAGGAUUGGUUUCCUGCUCAGUUGCUUUUGCUUUUUGGUUCAAAGAUGCCUUCGUCUAUUACAUAAAUGCAGGUUUCACUCUUGUGGUUCUUGGGGUUAUUAUUACGCUAGAGGCUUAUCAGAUCUACAUGCUCUUGUUCUCCGACUGGGCAAUAAUAAUGUUGCUCAAGCACAAUAAGCAUUGGAUCCAGAAGCAACUCUUGAGAUUUCUAGCCUCCAGAUCAAGUAAAUGGAAAAGGUGGUCCAACAUAUUGGGCCAAUUCAACUUGGUGAACUACUGCCUUAAGUAUGAACGUCUCUAUUUCAGUACAGUCCUCGAACUCCCAGCCGUGGACAUAGAGAUCAGGAAGGUUUUCUGCACAAACAAUGAGGUAAUUUCUGAUGUGUUGAAAGGAAUGUUGAUCGAAAAAAUGAGAAAGCUGGAGAAGCCAACAGCAUUGAAACCCAACAGCAAUUUCAGGUUGGGAAUUCCUAAUGAGUUGGCAGACAGGUUGAGGGAAGAAAUGAAAGAGCUGGAUCGAAACAAUGGUACCACUAACUUGUACGAAAGUGUGGAUGGUACGGAAUUCGAUAAGAGCAUCAUACUUUGGCAUCUUGCAACCGAGAUUUGCUACAGUUUGCAUAGUGAUCGCAAAGAUUCUAACCUGAAAAUAAAGAUGGGAAGGCAUCUGUCUAACUACAUGAUGUAUCUUCUUGCCGUACGAUCUGAGAUGCUGUCCAUCCCCACCUCCGAGAUAGUAUUAGAGGAUGCACGCAAGAAAAUCAUGACGUUUCUGAAAGCCAAUUCCUCAGUAAGAGAUGUUGAAACGGCAUGCAGGAAAUUAAAUGAGCAAAUUGUUGUAGAAGAGAACAAGGAAGCAGAUCAGAUCCCGGUAACCAAGAAUUGGUGCCCACUCCUGGUUGCAAAAAAGGUGAGCGGUACGCUAUUGUCAUGGAGUAAUUGUGAUAUAUGGGAUGUGAUAUGCAGUGUGUGGGUAGAAAUGCUUUGCUUUGCCGCCAUGAAUUGUCCGGCCGACUGUCAUUCGGAUCAGCUCAGGCGAGGAGGGGAGAUUGUGACUCAUGUAUGGCUUAUACUACUCCACGAGAUAGACGCAGAAGUUGAUACGAACACAGAGCAGGACUUAGAAGGGCAAGAGGUUCGUGUAGAAGUUUUGGCUUAAUGAAAAGCUUUACAAGCUUCGGUUGGAAGUAGGAGUUAGAGAAUGAAGCCAGAACAAAGAAGUGGCAUAGUAUCUUCGUAGCAUCUUUGGGAGCUUUAUUGCUGAUUUCCAUUUUUUGGAGCUUAGUAGCAACUUUUGAGGAUAUGAUAGACCUUCAACUUUAAUUUUGUGUAAAGAUAUUAUUGGAUAUAUUCAUCAUUUUUUGUGAAUUUUAUAAUUUUAUUUGGUUGUUUCUACUUAUUUAUCAUCUAUGAUUGUGCUUGGGGUGGCAGUUUGUAUGACCAUAGCUUGGUGUUUUAAACACUUGAGUUUGCUAUCUUUUGUAACGUAUUGGGUAUGGUUUGUAAGUUACAUUAAACAUUAAUUUUCUUUAAUUUAUACAAAUAUUUUAUAUUAUUA